AGUCCAUCGGGGUUGAAGAACAAAACAGUCCACUAGUUUCUGCGAUCCUCACCCAGAUUUCCAGGAACCUUAAAAACGUGUAGAGCUAUAGCUCCGAGAUCAAAGAUCACCUACAAGAGGUUACAUCGUCUUCACAUAGGCAUCCAUGUCUCUUUUGAACCAGCUCUUCAAUAGAGGUGUCUUCGGCACAAAAUGCAAAACAUGUUUGAACUUGUCAAUUUCGCGUAUUAAGUUGCUGCAAAACAAGAGAGAUAUGCAGCUCAAACAUAUGCGCAAGGAAAUUGCUCAGUUUUUGCAGGCUGGCCAAGAAGCAAUAGCUCGAAUUCGGGUGGAGCAUGUCAUACGAGAGCAAAACAUAUGGGCUGCUUAUGAGAUACUGGAGCUUUUCUGUGAAUUUAUCCUUGCACGAGUUCCCAUUAUUGAAGGCCAAAAGGAUUGUCCGCCAGAACUACGAGAGGCUAUAUCAAGUAUUAUAUUUUCUGCCCCAAGAUGUUCAGAAGUUCCAGAUUUAUUGCAGAUCAAGAAUUUAUUUACAGCAAAAUAUGGGAAGGAAUUUAUAGCAGCUGCAUCUGAGCUGCGUCCUGAUUCUGGUGUCAACCGAACUAUAAUUGAAAUGCUUUCAGUUAGUGCUCCCUCUGGAGAGGCAAGGCUCAAGGUAUUGAAGGAAAUAGCACAGGAGUACAAUUUGAAUUGGGACUCUUCUAGCACUGAAGCGGAAUUCAGUAGAAAACAUGAAGAUUUACUGGGUGGAUCCAAGCACAUCAGUGGUGAAGCUGCACUGCCCUCUCAAUCUCCUGCUAAAACAGUGUUCUUCAGUUCUCCACCUUCUAAUGGUGCACAUUAUAUUCAGCCCACAGAGAUUAAACCAGAACCUCAGCACAUUCCAGCUCCAAGAUCUUAUAUUCAGACACACGUGUCAAGUACCAGUGAGAUUCAGCCAUCAGUUAAUAAUGAUGCAGGACCAGUUGGGGAAACUAGACCACAAUCAUCUGAGAUCCUGGAGAAAGCUCGUGCUGCCAUUGCCUCUGCUGAACGGGCAUCUACUGCUGCGCGUUCUGCUGCUGAACUGGUUAAGUCGUUAUAGUACACAAUUUGAUCAUUUGAUCCCAGUGCAGAAGAUGAACAGCACUAAAGAAACCACAUGUUACUUCAGUAACCCCAUUCAAAUUCUCUUCAAAGAACCUGGUGAAGGGUACACCUACUCGUGGAUAUGAUUUGCCUUUGUAUAUAUUGUAUCUUGUGAUGGUGAAGAAUCCCUUGUUUUCAUUUUCUCUAACAUUUAUCGUCAAUUAGUGCAACAUAUUUUCUACA